AUGUUUGAAAUUAUCGCGGACUUGAUGUCCUCGGUCAUCACUAUACUCUUCCCGAUCUUCGCCUCCUACAAGGCUCUCCGCACCUCCGACCCCUCACAACUUGCACCAUGGCUGAUGUACUGGGUGGUCUUGUCGGUCAUCUUGCUGGUAGAGUCCUGGACUGUGUUCAUCAUCGGAUGGUUCCCCUUCUAUAGCUGGAUCCGCCUCUUUUUCAUGUGCUACCUCGUUCUUCCCCAGACUCAGGGAGCCCGACUGAUCUACCAAGACUAUGUGGAUCCGUUUUUGACGCAUCACGAGCGGGAGAUCGAGGAGACAAUCGGUCGCACUCAUGAGCGAGCCAAAGCACUCGGCCUGCAGUAUCUCUAUAAGGCUUUUGAUCUGGUCAGGGAGAAGCUGUUGGGUCUACCUGCCCAUAGCCAGGUACCUCCGCCACCGUCGGGGCCUGCUGCUUACGCUCAGUCAUUGCUGUCUCGAUUCAAUCUGCCGUCAACCGGAGCAGCCGCAAGCUCCAACGACUGGUACUCAGUUCUCGGGUCAGCGUUGGGCUCGGUCAAAUCGGCGGGCAAGUCUCGCGAGGCACGCGAAGAAGAGCUAUCGGCCAGUGGCACUCUUCUUCAGCGCAAGCUAGAAAACAUGACCGGGGCCGAGAAAGAAAACUAUAUAAAUGUCCAGCGUGAGGCCCUUGAUUUCUUGCGCUCGACGUUGGCGCGAGAGGAAAAGGCCAUGGGUCGUGACGAUCCUGAUACGGAUGACCUGGCCUACGGACCUUCGCUGCGAAAGAAUCGGAGCGAUAACAGCUUCGACGUGAUCGACAACGAAGAUCUCGGAAGCAGAGCCUCGCGUCAGACCAGCGGGAAAUGGGCCGGCUGGCUGGGCACCGAGCAUGACUCGUCAGGCUCCUCAGGCACCGACUAUGCCGCGCGGACAACGGGAUACGAUCGCUACUAA